AUGUCGCAACAAUACCAACAGCCCGGCUACCCUCCGCAGGGCCAGGCCAUUCCCCUCCAGCAACAGCCGCAGAUGUCCGCCGUUCCAACUCCGGCGCCUGCUGCCUCGACGUCUUACGUCGUAUAUCCCGCGGGUGACAACGCGACCAAGACUGGAGUCAAGCCCGAGCCUUGGCAGUAUGCUGUGCGAGGCAUCCAGAUCGUCGUCUCCAUCAUCGUCCUGGGCUUGAGCGCGUACAUCAUCCAUGGCGCCUACAUGGAUCCUUUUGGCUUCGCUAUUGCAGUGUCCGUCCUGACCUGGCUUGGCCUUGGUUUCAUUCUCGCCUCCCAGAGCGUUGCUAGCCUCCAGACGUCUUGGCGCAUCUUCGUCGUCAUUGCCAUUGACGCUUUCCUCACCAUCAUGUGGCUCUCUUGCAUGGGAUCGACCGCCCACAUGAGGGCCUCCUUCAAGUACAGGGUUAGCAUUUCCGGAUGCUACAACGACGGAAGCCUCAUCGACAGCACGACCUGCUUCAAGAUGAAGCGUGACAGCUUCGUUGCAGGAAAGGUCGGUCUCGCGAGCAUGACCGCCGUUGCUUGCAUCAGCGCUCUGAACUUCAUUCUCUUCGCUGUCAUGACCGUCCUGAACGUGCUUGCCUUCCUCCGUUCGCGCAGCUCUGCCGCCCCUGCCGCCCCCAUCGUUGAUGGUGCUGAGAAGCAGCAGACCGUUGUCGCCCAGCCGGCAUACACACAGCCCGCCCCCGUAGCCGCCACCGCUCCUGUUUACCCGGCCCAGGGUGCCGCUAUCCCCGCCGCUGUCCCUGUUCAGCAGCCAAUUCAACCCCAAUACACCGGCGGCUUUGUCCAGCAACCCGUCCAGCCCCAGUAUACCGGUGGAACGUACGGCCAACAACAGCCUAUCCCGGCCCAGCACACUGGUAGCAACUUCACAUCGCCCACUCCCCCUACUCCCCAGGGGUUCCACGAGGCCCCCGGUAGCCAGCCUUUCACUCCUCAGUACACGGGCAACUAUCCUUCUCCUACUACCUCGCCGGCCCCCGUUCAAGCAUACGCUCAAGAGCUCCCGACUCAGCAUACUAUUUCUCCGCCAAACUCACCGCCACCUCAACAAGGUUACACCCAUCACCCUCAAUAG